GUCCAAGUAUGAACAUGAUUUUCCAAAUCAUAGAAGUGAAAUGCGCGUAGAGUCAAAGUGCGUUGUGUUGAGACUUUGUGGUUUCUGGUAUUAGCGAUUCAGAUACUUCUUAGUUUUGCCGCAGAAGCUUCAACCAUUGUCAACCAAGUAAAGAACAGGUUCUGUGGAUUGAAGAGCUUUGAUUUUAGCAACCACAAUUUACAAGACAUACCAAGUUGAAAUCUAAUUCAUCUCCUGCAAUUUAAUGACAUCUCAUCCUUAAUUUUAUUUGUCUGAUUUUGAUGACUAAACAGAAACCAUACAUGGUCAGAGUUAAUCUUCAUCUUUCCUAUGUACUAUUGCUCAUUUACUUCCUUUUUUGGGUCUUGAUUAACACUACAAAAGCUGAUGAUAUUGGUGUUUAUUGGGGCCAAAAUAGUGAUGAGGGAACUCUUGCUAAUACAUGUGAAUCAAGAAAGUACUCCUAUGUAAACAUAGCAUUCCUUACCACAUUUGGAAAUGGUGAAACCCCGGUACUAAACCUGGAAGGACAUUGUAAUCCUUCUUCAAAAGGGUGCACUGGUCUUAGCUUAGAUAUCAAAAAUUGCCAGAAGCAAGGGAUCAAGGUCCUGCUCUCGAUCGGAGGAGUAUCCAGUACAUCCCAAUUGACUUCUUCUAAAGAUGCUAAAAAUGUUUCUGAUUAUCUCUGGAACAAUUUCUUGGGUGGUAAGUCAUCUUCGCGCCCUCUUGGGGAUGCAGUGUUAGAUGGGAUAGAAUUUAACCCAGGUGAUAAUGGAUACUCAAUAUACUGGAUGGACCUUGCGCGUUAUCUCAAGUCCAACUCAACACAAAAUGUGUCUAUAGGUGCAGCUCCUCGAUGCCCCCUUGUUAGUGCUGAGAACUCUACCUUUAGUAGUGGAUACUUCGAUUAUCUUUCAGUACAAUUCUACAACAAUCCUCCAUGCAAUUUUGUGAGUAGCAGUACUAGUGGCUUCAUAAAUGCAUGGCACCAAUGGAGCAAUUUGAAAGUGAAGAAAAUAUUUCUGGGGUUGCCAGCAUCUUCUGAUGAAGCUGCAUCUGGCUAUAUUCCUGCAAAUUUGUUAAAUUCUCAGGUCCUUCCUAUCAUAAGGAACUCAUCUAAUUAUGGAGGCAUAAUGUUGUGGGACAGAUACAGCGAUGUUAAGAGCAGAUAUAGUGAUUCCAUCAAAUUCGAUACAGGAGACCAAGCAUCCACACCUGCCGAAAUGAACAAAACUCACACAGAAGGGAAAGCACCCAUUCCUGUGGAAAGCAUCAAACCUCAUGCAGGAAAUGGAAAACGCCAUCUAGUUAUAAGGAUAGUUAUUGGCGUGGGAGCUGCCAUUACAAUAUGUUUAAUUUGCUACUUGAGCUGUGUAUGUUGGAGGAAGUACAAAGCAGAAGUGGAUACAAGAAACAGGCAAAGGAAGCUAAUACAUGACAUUGGAGGUGCUGCAAUGCUUUCCAGGAUGAAUUACAUAGCAAAAAAGUUUAAAAGAGAGGCUAAUGCAGGCGAUGAGAUUGAAAUAUUCAGUUUUGAAAGCAUGGUCGCUGCUACAAACAAUUUCUCAAGCUCAAAUAAGCUUGGUGAAGGAGGAUUUGGGCCCGUUUAUAUGGGUAGAUUGACAAACCAACAAGAAAUUGCGAUAAAGCGACUCUCUAAAAGUUCGGGGCAAGGGUUAACAGAGUUUAAGAAUGAAGCUAAACUCAUUGCAAAACUACAGCACACUAAUCUUGUGAAGCUUACUGGGCUCUGCAUCCAAAGAGAAGAGAGAAUGUUGGUCUAUGAGUACAUGUCCAACCGAAGCUUAGACUUACACUUAUUUGAUGCAGAAAGAAGGAACAUUUUGGAUUGGGAAAAGCGGCUAAACAUUAUAGAAGGCAUUGCUCAAGGACUAUUAUAUCUUCACAAGUAUUCAAGGCUAAAAGUGAUUCAUCGUGAUUUGAAAGCCGGCAACAUAUUACUUGACGAUGAGAUGAAACCUAAGAUAUCGGAUUUUGGCAUGGCUAGAAUACUAGGACUAACAGGUUCUGAAGAAAAAACAAACCGAAUUGUUGGAACACAUGGUUACAUGUCUCCAGAGUAUAUGUUAAAUGGCGUCGUCUCCCCAAAAGUAGACGUUUUCAGCUUUGGCGUAUUGCUGCUAGAGAUUCUCAGUGCAAAAAAGAAUAACUCCUCUUACAACCCUGAUUUUCCACUACUCAAUCUAAUUGGACAUGCAUGGAAGUUAUGGAAUGAAGGUAAAGCUCUAGAGCUAAUGGACCAUGGAUUAAAUGAAACAUGCAACCCUAAAGAAGUAUUGAGAUGUAUCCACAUUGGCCUAUUGUGUGUGCAAAACGUUCCAACAGAUAGACCCACAAUGGUUGAUGUUGUCUCUUUUUUGUCAAAUGAUGCUAUCCAACUUGCUCAGCCAAAGCAGCCAGCAUUCUUCAUCAAUGUUGAUACAAACCAACAACAAUUGCAUACUAACACAAGAGAAAUUUUCUCCAAAAAUAGUUUAACAUUAUCUUAUGUGGAUGGCAGAUAAAACAUGGCAAUUUGAGGAACAUUUAGAUAAUUAAUUAGUGCAGGGGCAAAGUUACUCUUCAUUCAUAACUGUUUCAUGCUUUUCGCUGAGGAAAAAAAAUGGGUUAAUUAUUGUGUACAAAGCCGAUCAACAUAUAGACUUACUAUGAUAGUUGUUGUCAUUAAUUUUUCAAAUGGUUACAUAGAUGUUGUCACUUAUCUUUUGAAUGAUAUUGCCGAAAUACUAACAUUGUGGAUAACAAAGAAGGGUGCUACUCCAUAAAAAG